CUCUGUGCAACGAGCACUGGCAUUGGCGUGUCUGCCCUGGGCCUUGUGCUUGCCCGACCCGACCACGACACACGGCUCGACCGUCAACAACGCCCUCCCAACAACCUCACCCAUCGCUCGGACUCGCAUAGAUCCUCUACCUUUCUCCACCCUCAUUCCGUUCCUUCUUCACUCGACCCGGUCAGUCCUCGACCGCGGUCCAACUCUCGAGCACCCUCGCUCGUUCCACCUACGAGUGACAUGACAUCGACGGCAACCUGCACGGUACAGACCGUCGACACCUACGCGACCUCGACCUCCUUCUGUCCUCCCUUCGCCUUCUCGGCUCGUCAGGCCCUUCGCUCCGCAAGCAACAAACCUGCCACUGCUCCAUCGAAGAGGAAUGCGCCGGAUCAUGCAAGAACGGUGCUAAAGAAAAGAGACGGCCAUACAAUGCCUCGCGGCGCGACCCCGUCCUUUCCACACGGUGCAGAAGCCUCACCUCCCAUAUCUCCCACUUUCGCUUCCCACCAGACGCCAUCAUGGCUCAAANGAUUUUCCUUCUCUUCGCGCGACUCGACGCAAUCUUCAACUUCUCGCCCAGAUUCUUCCGUCAUUUCUGUCGCUCCUUCAGCCUCGGGAUCCACUACCCCGAUGAUCCCCAGCCACACUCCACCCAUCAACACAGCCCCGAACAAGCUCGUCAAACGCUCCACCUCGGUGAGCAAAGUGCCCACUUCCGCCUCGUAUGGCGGCUCAACCACCAAGAUUCCAAUCCCGACAUUGAGACGCCCAGCAACGAGCCACAAAAGGAGUGCCACUCUGCAAGAAAGACGUACCNCCGUUGUUCCCAAAGCAGAAGAAGCUUUCAGGCACUCCUUCUACGGUUCUCCAGCAGAGUCCAUGCCCGUGGACGUUCAAUGGCGUAACUAUUUUGCUCCCCGACAGGCUGUAGUUGCCCCGGAAUCGACACGGCGUCGCAACUCGACCAGCAUUCCCAACCCUAUCAAAAAGGUGUACGCGGAUAGGAAAUAUCGGCCUGUCUUGGUGUCUGCUAGAGAGAAUAUCAAAGCUGCUCCCAUUGAGUUUGAUGAUGAUGCCAAUGAUCUCGAAGCUGUAUCCGAUUCGAAUGUCGUGUCCAAUGUCCCGAUAGCCGACCGUUUUUAUUCCUCAUCUCAGCAGACGCCCCUUGCAUCGAACCGACUUUCACGAGCAACUGUUGAUUUUCAAAGUACCUCAUUUGAUUCGAGAAUAGAUGAGCGANAAAGUAUUGAGGACGAAUUGGACAGACAAGACGUGGCCGAAAUGUCUAGAAUCGAGUCGGCGUCGAGCUCCUUCUCUGCCAGUGACAUGCUCCCCGCAGAGCCACAGAUUUGGAAGGAACCACCUCCUAUCAAAGCAGCACCCGUCGCUAAAUAUCGUCGACCGGGUGCGCGAGCUCGAUCCAACACGCCCACAAGUAUGGGCAACAGACAAAGCCUUUCUCACGAUGAACCAUCCGAGACCGCCGCGAGACAUCGUGACUUGGAUGACAUUACGCAGUUCACAAAGCCGCCAUCUGUUAGCAGCCCCGUUACUGAAAUAGACCUUAGAUUACCAUCGCACCAGACGCAAUCCGCUUCGAGUGCACCACGCAGCCAUGCCGACCUAUCAAACCCACAGAGCGACGACAGUGAAUAUUUCGACACGUUACCUUCACCUUCGCGGCCUAUUCACCAAGCGACACAUCAUGCCGAUUCUGCAUCACAUCUGACCGGUACAGAUCGCGAGAUCAGGUUAGGUGAGGAUGAGGGGCUUGACUCACAGAGCGACUCCAUUUAUGACUCUGUCCGGACGCGGGCGCCAAAGUCGAGCCCAGGCAGGCGAGGUCCUUCUAUAGAAACCAUUUUUGGCGAUUCACCACCAUUCCACAUUCAUGGCAAGCAUACCAUGCUCAGGGACUACCUCCAAACAGGACCUUUACAUGAUCAGGGAUAUUCACUUAAGCCACGACACAGCAUCAUACACGAAGAAGACGCCAUUUCUACUCCAGCUCGCUCCGCUCGAAAUCAUUCCUUAGGCAGUUCGCCCAUUCUUCACAUGAAGCAAUCACCUGCACGAACUCACCUCUUGGUCUUUACCGAAGACGAUGAUGAUGAGCCUCAAGUUCCACGCAAAAAUCGCUUUGCCCACCUUGGUAUCNCCCCCGAUCUCUUGUCACCCCACGGACAUGCUUCGAGUUCUGCAAACACAACUCCACAACGACCAACUGUUAGGAGCACUGAUAGAGUCACACGCAGCAGUAUUUUCGAUUAUUCAGAACAGCCACCCCUGGAANAAAGCCCAAACAAUCGCUCUCCUCCGCGUCCUAAGACGGUGCACGGCAAGAAGGACGCCGAAACUCGUGGCAGCAGGUCAGUUGGAAGGAGAGCGCCGAGUGGACUUCAUGUCCGCAGCCAAAGUGUACCAGUCGCCCAAGAAGGUGAUGGAAAACGAACAGGCACCAACAAAUUCGGCACAUGGGGCAUUGGCAGCAAGGGCGUUACAGAAGACUGGAACGAGGAUUUCGACUUUGCAGACGAAAGUGGUCCAGAAGAGAAGAGGCUCGACAGCGGUGUUUCGAUGUUGGGGGUACCCGAACCCAUUCGGAAUCAGCAGACCAAGGUGCUCGCCAACAUCGCUCUUCUUCGGGACUGGGGCCUUCUGAUUGAGGAACUGAAGGAACAUAAAAUGCGGGCUGUCAUGCUGGAAGUGCUUGGUGGGGCCAACGAANAGAUGUGGAGCGAGGUUGACGCUAUGAUUGAUCUUGCGGACCAGGAAUCUGACGAACAAACACUCGCUCCUCGCUUCUCACCGUCAUCAUCGCCGUCUUUCAAUUACGAUGCUUUCGACGACCCACUUCCAGCGCUUCCGACAACAGAACAUCUCAUACCACCUCCUUUGUUCGGUUUGCCUGAAUCUCCAGCCGAUGGUGAAUUCGACUUUNUCAGCGAGGAUGCGACCGUUUCUCCAAGUAGGACUGAUAACAGCAUCAACAUCAUUCCAGCAACCCCACGAAGACCCCGGAAGAACUCGGAAGCAGUCGCUCGUUCCGUGAUAGAAGCUCUGCAACAGAAGCGUCUUUCCAACGCUGGUCUCAAUGCUGAAUGGCGAGACAAGGUUCAUUUCGAUACAGCAACACUGAAGCGAAUCAUUCCUUACGUUCAGGAAUUACGUGACAGAGUUAAGAAGGUCAUCAGAGAUGCAGAAGAUCUUUUACCGAGCCCGAAAAGUCUCGGAGGCAGUAUAGGUUCGCAUGGAAGUCGAUCAGUGCGCCGCCGGUUACGCGAGCCCCCUGAGUCACCAACCGUCCAUCGUCGAAGUCGACGCUCGACUAACGCUAUCGAACGUACAUCUUCAGAUGAUGGGUUAGCGACGCCAACCGAAGAACUAAAUGCCCGACUACGUCUCAUGGCCAUGACAUAA